AUGGCUAUUGGGUAUGUUGACGAUUGUCUCUCUCUUUCCCUCCCCAAACUACGGAGCAUCCUGCUAACAACCAACAUCAAGGGGCAAUAUGGCACCCUCGAAGGCAUUCGAACACACUGUGAUAGCGGUGUUGAUUCAAUCACGCUGGGCUUUGUCAACAAUGCCCCCGAUACCGUCGAUGACUCUGGCUAUCCCGGUAUCAACUUUGGACCCAACUGCUGGGGAGAUGUCUAUGUUAAUGAAAACGGUGUGGCGUCAAAUCUUUUGAGCCACUGUAUGUCCCUUCAAGCCGAUAUCCCCUACUGCAAGGCCAAAGGCGUCAAGGUCAUUCUGAGUAUCGGAGGAGUCUACUCGGCGACAUCCAACUAUUCCGUCCCGGAUAACUCCACGGGUACCGAAUUUGCCACGUUCCUUUACAAUGCUUUUGGUCCCUAUAAUUCUAGCUGGACGGGCCCUCGCCCUUUUGAUGCGAGUCCCACUGACCAUACCUCGGUUGAUGGCUUUGAUUUCGAUAUCGAGAUGAAGUUUCGAAAUGGACCCUAUAUCGAUAUGGUCAACACGUUCCGUUCCCUUGACCCAUCAUUGAUCAUUACCGCUGCUCCUCAAUGCCCUACUGACUCUGGGAACUUUUACCUCAAGGACUUGAUCACGCAGGCUGCCUUUGAUAAGCUCUUUAUUCAGUUCUACAACAACCCGGGGUGUGAUGCUAUUGCUGGUAACUCCCCUGGCGAUAAGUUCAACUAUGACGACUGGGAAACCAUUAUUGCCAACAGCGCGAAGAGCAAGUCGGCGAAACUAUACAUUGGUCUCCCUGCCAUUCAGGAGGAGAAGGAAACUGGUUAUAUCGAUCCCAUUGCUGUGAAGAAUUUGAUCUGCCAGUACCAGGGUAGACCCCACUUUGGUGGUCUCUCCCUGUGGGAUUUGUCUCGUGGUCUGGUUAACAACAUCAACGGAACGUCGUUCAACCAAUGGGCUCUGGAGGCGCUUCAGUACGGA